AUGUGGGUUCAUGUGGAUUUAGCAGAAGGUGAAAAUGGCCAUGGUGGCCUUGUGAACUACAUUAGUUGGGAAGACUUGCAGGUGGAUGAGCAAAGGUUGUCUAUGAAAUGCCAUAACGAUCUUCGAGUCAUUAUUGUUAACAAACACGGUAGGGGACAUUCCAAAACUGUUCAAGGGGCCGUGGAUAUGAUUCCUGAAAAUAACAAACAUAGGGUGAAAAUUUACAUUUAUCCAGGAAUAUACAGAGAGAAGGUGCGUGUGCCUGUGACCAAGCCUUAUGUAUCGUUCAUAGGGAAAAGAAAUCAAACAGCAAGUCCUGUUAUUACUUGGAACAGUAAGUCGUCUGACAAAGGCACAAAUGGCCAAGCAUUGGGCACCUAUGAUACAGCAACAGUUGGAGUGGACUCAGAUUAUUUCUGUGCAACUGGGGUCACUUUUGAGAACUCAGUGAUUGCAACGGCUGGUGUAAAAGGGAUGCAAGGAGUGGCACUGAGGGUGAACAGUGCAAGAGCCAUGUUCUAUCGAGUGAGGAUUAAGGGAACACAGGACAGUCUAUUGGACAACACAGGAAAUCAUUACUUUUUAGAGUGUCGCAUUCUAGGAAAAGUUGAUUUUAUUUGUGGCAGUGCAAAAUCACUCUAUGAGAAGUGCCGUCUGCAGUCAAUAGCGGACAACUUUGGAGCAAUAGCAGCACAUCAUAGGAAUUCACCAAAUGAAGACACAGGUUUUUCUUUUGUAGGGUGCAGUAUUAGAGGAAGUGGCAGAGUAUACCUUGGCAGAGCAUGGGGGAACUACUCAAGAAUUAUAUACUCCAACUGCAACAUGGAUGGCAUUAUUAUUCCUGAAGGGUGGUCAGAUUGGAAUCACUCAGACAGAAAGAAGACUGCAGUGUUUGCUGAGUAUCAAUGCAAAGGAAGAGGAGCAGAUAGAAGGAGCAGGGCACCUUGGUCAAAAUCAUUGAGCUAUAAUGACGCAAAGCCUUUCCUUGACAAGAGUUUCAUAGAUGGAGAUCGGUGGCUCAGACUAUAG